AUGUCCUACUACACUGAUCUGUCUAUGCAGCACCGCUUCACACCGAACACACCUAUUGAAAACAUGACACAUGAACAAAGGAGCACGUCAAGACCACAUGAGGGACACAAAACAGGAACCAUGAUUAUGACAAUUUGGAUGGGAAUUGAGUUUGAGAACACUGCUACACAGACAGCAUUAAUCUUCCAGUUGCACCAGUUGCCAUAUAAACAGUAUUUUGGGGGUGUAUCAGCAGUGAGUAAAGAGCAGUUUCAAAAGAUCAAUGGUUUUCCCAAUAACUACUGGGGCUGGGGAGGAGAAGACGAUGACAUCUUUAACAGGCUGGUAUUUCAAGGCAUGAAAAUAUCAAGGCCGAGUGGAGACAUGGGUAAAUGCAGAAUGAUUCGUCACUCAAGAGACAAGAAAAAUGAGCCAAACCCACAGAGAUUUAGGAGAAUUUCUCACACACGACAGACAAUGAAGACGGACGGCAUCAAAUCGCUCAGUUACAAAGUGGUGGAUAUAGAGAAAGACCUGCUCUACACCCAAAUCACAGUGGACAUCGGCAAGCCAUGAAACCUCUAGAGCUCACAAGAAACAUUUAGCUCACUGCAACUUUUCAGAGAUCUUUAAACUGCACAUCUGACUCUGAAUCGGUUCAACCCUAGUGGACAACAAAGAAAACACUGAACAAGUCAGAAUGAAAGAGACAUUCUUCUGAAGGGCACACUAAGUGAAAGAACAGGUGAAUUGUAAUUUUUCACAUUAUACUUACCUGUAAGCCUUAUAUGCCUGUUAAUUGUCUGUUUCAGACUUUAAUGAACAUUAUUUUCGUAAAGCUUCCAUGCAAAGCAGCCUGUGAAAAUCACGCCUCGGGGAAUAACUGACUACUGUGAAUUCCAGUUCAACACAAACCUGCACACUCACACAAAACACCUUACAGAGCUUUUAGAGAUGACAGUUCAAUAUGUACACAUAUCCUUGUAGUAAGUAUGCAUCAGUAGUUUGAUCUUUUAGACUAACUUUACAUUAGUGCCCUGUGGUAAGUACUCAGACACUGAGUAUUAUUAAAGGGAUAGUU